UUGUGACCUUCAUUAAGCGGAUUCAAAAUCCUGGCACCAAACUUUACUGCGCUUGUGACGGGGGCUUGCAGAUGAAAGCAGCCGUGCUGUGAAAAAGCAUUUCCAUAAAUGGUUUCACGUGGGCAGGACCCAAUUUGAAAGCGUGUUUAAAACCAUCUUCUCAGGAAGCAAAUGCAACCACAGUCCACUGCUGCAGCGUACCAAAAGUUCUGACAUUUUCCCACUCCAUCAUGAAGAUGCUAUGUUUUAUUUUACUCUUUUAUGACAGCCUCCAGCUUAGUUGUGACAGAAGAACAAUCAUUGCUCACGUUGGAGGUGAAUUCCUCCUUACCUGCAUGUUUGAAGAUAGCUUCUACUUUAGCAAGAAGUACUGGUGCGGGGGGCCCUCCAGAGGCUCCUGUGAGAUCCUGGCUGAUUCUGAAGGUGUUGCUAAAACUAAAUACACGCACAGGUCUGUCGUGGUUCAGGUUAGAAGAAGGCUAUUUGUGAAAGUCACGAACCUCCAGAUUGAUGACAGCGGAGUGUACUGGGUUGGAAUUGACAAACCAUACUCUGACAUCAUGGUUCCAAUCACUUUGAAUGUGACUCAAGUUCCAGUUUCCAAACCCAGAAUUUGGCCCUUGAACGCCUUGGUGGACAGGCCCACCUGUUGGGGCCAGCCGGUGACCGUACGCUGUGGCCCUUCAAUAGGCACAGGGGUUUGGUACGCCUGGUACCAUCGCAGUCACAACAAGGACAUCCUGCUCUCCUCCUCCUCAGACUUGACCCUGCACUGUGGCACAGUGAAAAAUGGGGACAACCAUUACUGCCUCGCAAGUAAUGAUGUGAGCAGCGAGAAGAGCGACAUCCUGUCUGUGCAGGUGCUGCAGCCCGCUGACAAAAACUGCAUUUAUGCGGUUCGGCUUCAAGGUCAGCCCAGUUAUGACUGUGCAGACAGAAUGAGCACAGCAGCAGUGACGACAUCAACAAUGGCUCCAUCUACCUUCCAAGCUUCCACCUACCGGUUUUCCCAAAUCAAUCAAACGGAACAGGACUUUUUUUUCAGCAAGGCAUCAGCUGGCCUUCAACUUUGGUACCAAGUUCUGCGCUGGAGUCUUUUUGCAUCUUUACUUAUAUUUCUGUGCGUAUUCCUUAGAGUAACUAGAACGAAAAACCUGGAGAACGAUAAAAGAAAAAGAAUGUUUUAUUCCAGGCCAGAUUCAUAGAAGUGUUAGCUAAACGUUACGGGUAUGUUUACCAUGGUUGACCUCUGAUACCAUGUUUGGAUCUUUUAAAAUCCAGAUCAAAUAAUGUAAUUAUUUGCACAAAAAAAGGUUACAUUUUUCAUACAUUUCAGCAUCACUAUCAUUACCGUUUCAGUCAUGUGUGUUUACAUAAUCUGUAUAGAUUUUCUAUAUUUUUUAAUGUCUUGAAUGCAAUGAACCUUUGUGCCAAAGGUAAUAUAUAGUAAAAUAUGAGUUAUUUGUGCAGCUAAAUUUCCUCCUCAGAAGCGAGACGACUCAAACUCUGAAGCAUCCGGCUUUCUCUCCGUGUGGGUGUGGCCCAUUUCAUGACAUGAACUUUGAGCCGACCUCGGCAGCUUGUCUGUGUUUCACCCAUAAAAACAAACAACAUCGGAACUUUUGCAAACAUGGAUGUGCAUAUUGUGCAUAUAAGAUUAAAGCGUUUUUAGCAAUCCCUGCUAGCUCCUCUAAGACAGUAAAUGUGUAAACUAUCAAAUCAGCUUUGGGUUUAUUUUUGCAUGAUAGAGGCCUUUUAAAUUCUCAAAAAAAAAAACAACCACAAAGGGAUAUCAGAGUUUGAGUCGUCUCUGCAUUUCUCUAAAACCCUGCUCUCUGAGCACCAGCUCCUCCUCUUGGCUCUAGGUUGACGACACGAAAUGGGCGGCACAAGGACAGAAAGACAGAGCCUGAGAGUUUGAGUCGUCUUUCUUCCUGGUUGGAAAAUGAACUGUGAAAAUAACUAAUAUUUCAUUAAAAAACCAUUCAAAGAUAAUAUAUUAUUAUAUAUAUAGUUUACUCUGAAAGGCUUAAGA